GCCGUGGCAUGACUUACUGUGGAGGUGGCAGCUUCCUGCUGGGGGAGAACACGAGUGGUGGAUCUGGAAAGGCCACGAGGACACGGCGGGGACGUCACGGGGCGAGCAAUGAAAACGGGACCAUGAGGUGACAGAUGGGCACCCCCCGGCCCUGCCAGCCCCCCAAACCUGUGCCAGGCCCGUGCCCAGUGCCACACCACCCCUGGGAGCGCUGGGAUCACCGGGAUGGCCAGGAUCGCUGGGAUAACCAAGAUGGCCGGGAUCCAAAACGGGACCAUGAGGUGACAGAUGGGCACCCCCCGACCCUGCCAGCCCCCCAAACCCGUGCCAGGCCCACACCCCGUGCCAGGCCAUCCCCGGGAGCGCCAGGAUGCGCCGGGAUGGUCGGGAUCACUGGGAUCACCAGGAUCACUGGGAUGGCCAGGAUCCAAAACAGGACCAUGAGGUGACAGAUGGGCACCCCCCGACCCUCGGGCAGCCCCCCAAACCUGUGCCAGGCCCAUGCCCGGUGCCACACAGCCCCUGGGAGCGCCGGGAUGGCCGGGAUGGCUGGGAUCACCGGGAUGGCUGGGAUCACCAGGAUUUCUGGGAUCACCAAGAUGGUCAGGAUGGCCAGGAUCACCGGGGUGGCUGGGAUCACCAGGAUCACUGGGAUGGCCGGGAUCGCUAGGAUGUUUGGGAUCACCAGGAUGUCCGGGAUCACUGGGAUCACCGGGAUGGCCGGGAUCACCAGGAUCACCAGGAUGUCCGGGUCACCAGGAUGGCCGGGAUCACCGGGAUGGCUGGGAUCACCAGGAAGGUCGGGAUCACCAGGAGGGCUGGGAUCACCAGGAUGGGCGGGAUGGCCAGGAUCACCGGGAUGGGCGGGAUCACCGGGAUGCCCAGGAUCACCAGGAUCACUGGUGGCCAGGAUCCCCAGGAUCACUGGGAUGGCCAGGAUCACCAGGAUCACUGGGAUGGCUGGGAUCCCCAGGAUCACCGGGAUCCCCAGGAUCACUGGGAUGUCCAGGAUCCCCAGGAUCACUGGGAUGUCCAGGAUCACCAGGAUCACUGGGAUGGCUGGGAUCCCCAGGAUCACUGGGAUGGCUGGGAUCCCCAGGAUCACUGGGAUGUCCAGGAUCACCAGGAUCCCCAGGAUCCCCAGGAUCACUGGGAU